UUUCGGCAGCGGUGUCUCUGAGGGUGCUGUGCCAUCAUUUGGGGGAAGAAGCGGCUCUCAAUUGUUUUGCUCUCUCCUCUUCCUCUCAUUCCUGGAAUGCUAAAACUGGACUGAUGGACAUUUCAGAACUUUGUCUCCCAGACCCUCUCAGCUACCAUAACCAGGCUUUGUUGUCCAAUUCAUUAGAGAGAUUCCUGAGUCCACUGGCCACGCUGGAGCCCUCUCAUUUCUGGCUGCUGAAUAGAAUGGCCGCUGAUGACCGGCACCUACCUUCCAGUUGUGGGUCCUACAUCAAGACGGAGCCGUCCAGUCCCUCCUCGGUCAUCGACACGGUCAGCCACCACAGCCCCAGCGGCAACUCCGACGCCAGCGGCGGCUAUGUCAGCACCAUGAACAGCCACUCCAACGGUCUGGACUCUCCGCCCAUGUUCACCCCCGGCGGGCUCGGGGCCGGCACCUGCCGCAAGCGCUACGAUGACUGCUCCAGCACCAUCAUGGAGGACUCGUCCAUAAAGUGCGAAUACAUGUUGAACUCCCUCCCCAAGAGGCUGUGCCUGGUCUGUGGAGAUAUAGCCUCGGGGUAUCACUAUGGGGUGGCGUCUUGUGAGGCCUGCAAAGCCUUUUUUAAAAGGACAAUACAAGGUAACAUAGAAUACAGCUGUCCUGCCACAAAUGAGUGUGAGAUCACGAAGCGGAGACGCAAAUCAUGUCAGGCCUGUCGCUUCAUGAAAUGCCUCAAAGUGGGGAUGCUCAAAGAAGGUAAGAAGAGGGUGCGUCUGGACCGCGUGCGAGGUGGCAGGCAGAAAUACAAGCGGAGGCUGGACACGGAAAACAACCCGUACCUCGGCUUGACGCUCCCCCCUCCCACCAAAAAGCCCCUCACAAAGAUAGUGUCUCACCUGUUGGUGGCGGAGCCAGAGAAGAUCUACGCCAUGCCUGACCCCAGCAUGCCGGAGAGCGACAUCAAGGCUCUGACCACGCUGUGCGACUUGGCUGACCGCGAGCUGGUGGUCAUCAUCGGCUGGGCCAAGCACAUCCCAGGCUUUUCCUCCCUGUCUCUGGGAGAUCAGAUGAGUUUACUGCAGAGCGCCUGGAUGGAGAUCCUCAUCCUCAGCAUUGUGUUCCGCUCGCUGCCGUACGAGGACGAGCUGGUGUACGCCGAGGACUACAUAAUGGACGAGGAGCACUCGCGGCUGACGGGCCUGCUCGACCUCUACGUCUCCAUCCUGCAGCUGGUCCGCAAAUACAAGAAGCUCAAAGUGGAGAAGGAAGAGUUUGUCACCCUGAAGGCCAUCGCACUGGCCAACUCAGACUCCAUGCACAUAGAGGACAUGGAGGCGGUCCAGAAGCUCCAGGAUGCUCUCCACGAGGCCCUGCAGGACUACGAGGGCAGCCAGCACCAGGAGGACCCGCGGCGGGCGGGCAAGCUGCUGAUGACCCUGCCUCUGCUGCGGCAGACGGCCACCAAGGCAGUGCAGCACUUUUACAGCAUCAAGGUGCAGGGAAAGGUGCCCAUGCACAAACUCUUCCUGGAGAUGCUGGAGGCCAAGGUCUGAUCGGAGGGAGGCUGAUUGGCCACGGCGACGGCGGAGGGCUGCAUUAAGCAGAGAGUGACUUUAACCGAGGCGGAGGGUACUCAGGAGGAGACCCCCCCCCCCACACUGACUGUGCCAGGCAGGAGAGGAGAUGACCUCUCUCGCUCUCCUCCUGGAACCCCUGGGAUGCUAAAUUAAAAAAGAACAAAUUCAACACUUGGUUAUUAGUAUAAAUAUAAAAAUGCAGAUUAAUUUAAAAUAUAUAAGAAAUAUUAUGUACAGUAAUAAUUUUUUUGUUUUGUUUUUGUUAAUUGUAAGUGGUCAUGCUGUAUAUUAAGAAGGACCCUUCUGCCCCUCAGCAUCUUCAGAAUAGGCAGUUGCCAGUUCUUCGUCGCAAGAUGAAGAGGUUUCUUAUUUUCGGCGAACUAGAAAGUUCGGUGAAUUUGUUCUGAAGACAGCGGAGGCGUCGACAACCACCAACAGACUCGCAGUCGCACAGUUGUUGUUUUUUUUCCUGAACUUGACCAGGACAUGUACAUAUUUAUUAAUGGAAGACUGAGUGUACAGUUCAAAAAGUCUGGUGAACUUGGUGGCCAUUUUCUCUUGUUCUCCUUCUGGAAAAAAAAAAAAAAGAACUAAAAUUGUUACCUAAAUGUGAACUCUUUAUCAGUUUAAAUGUCCUUGGAUAUACCUCUCCAGAGCAGUAAGCCGUGUGCUCUUUGUGGAUCUGUCUCAGAGUGGAAGACCUGCUGGUCCGACGUUUAACCAAACUAGCAUAGGCGGGUACAAUUAGUCAGUCGUCUUAUUCUGUAGUAACUCAGCAAUAAAGGGAGCUGUGGGAAAGCCGGGCUUAAACUCCAAUCUUUCAUGCGCUUUUCGAUGCUGCUGUUGCUAGAGGACCACGCCUGUCUGUCUCAGUCCCACCAGUGGGACUGACGGACCUCCGCCGCGUCGCUGCCGCACACUAGUGUCCCUUUUCUCCUCGCAGUGGUCUGUGUCUUCAUGGGACCCAUUGAACCCCGAAUUUGGUCGUUGUUUUAAGCCCGUGGAAAUUACCACUUGGCAUGCAAAUAGAUGACCUGAUUCAGGCUGGGUGAAAGAUGAUCAGCGUGUUCGGUGUGGCGGUAUCAAAGGAUUUGUGCCGAGUGGCAGGAGUCCAGGCGAUUCCUUGUUCAAACAAUCAGAGGCCCAUAUGUCAGCCGCUCUAUUUUGGGCCCCUUUUUAAACCCGUGGCAGAGUCAUCCCGCAAGGUGCCCAGCAUCUGCUCUCACCAUUUUAGACACCUCUCGUCUUUAAAUAGCGGCGCCGGCAUUUAUGGAGCUUCAACCAAACAGAGGUCAAAGGCAGGUGCAGGGAGGCAGUGGUGUGGCGCUUCACACCGGGGUCUUUUAUUUAUAGGUUUUUUUUCGUCUGCUCGGCCUGCAGGAGAGCAGGGUGGACGCGCGGAACACUUCUUCUUGCCCUCAUGUUGACAGCGGCUGGUGCAGAGUAACACCCUUCCCGCCCUCCGGGAGGCGGGCGGCGCAGGCAUCUGCAAGGAGAUCUCCGGAUGCCCGAGCAUUAAACAUGUGAAUAGCUAUGCAAGAAACAAAGUGUCAGCACGCUCCUGAGGGGGUAGCGGCGACCCGACGGGGGUAACAGUACAAGGUGUGAUCUGUGGCGGGAGAGAGAGAGAGAGAGAGAGAGAUCGCUCGCUGCCAUCUCCCAUGUGUUUAGCUACAUGUCCAUUUUGCUGGGUGUGAGUAACACUGUAGUCCAGUCCAGCCGAGCUGGCCGCUCGUCUCCAUGCGACAGGGGGGGGAUGUGUUGGAGGCAAAUGCUUAUGCUUACACAUGUGAUGUGAUAAAUUGCGUCGCUGUCACAAUAAUAUGAUACCGGGAUCAAAGGAAUCCCCUGACAUGGCAGUCGGGUAGAGUUGCCGCCAAUGCUUGCGACAUCGAUGGCUCGAACCGAUCCAGUGGGCCCGGCCUGCCUUUUAUACAGCCUCCUGAUUGGUCGCGUAGGUAACGGAGGAUGACCACCCACUCGCCAGCACCCACUCACCCCGACUUGAAACUUGCCCGCUGCCUAGUUAACAAGCUCCGCUGUAGAGCGCGGCAACGUAACCAACAGCGAGUUUUUGCCGCUGUUGUGCAAUGCAACAGGGACCAAUUCUGACUGGAACCAUGCUAAAAGCAUGCUUUUACUUAGACUUGGGAGAAUUUGUAUGCUGAUUGGUGACAUAUUCUAAAAUCCCUCUGAUAAAUGACUUUUUUUUGCUUGUGCAGUAAAAAAGGAAAAAAGGAAAAAACCUUUUGCAGGAAAUCGUUAGAACUUUUGUGGCCCUAAGAUGAUCAGCCAUAAGAAUCUUAAUGAUAAGGAGCGCUCUCAUCUACCUUGCAAUAUGGAACUCUGUCAAGUAAAAGAGAACAUGUCUUACAGUCUACAAGUGUGUAAAUAUAUCAGCGUCAACACAAUAAGUUGCCGAAAUACCAUUGAAAAUAAAGUAUGCAGCGCCAUGCUGACUGCUACCUCAUUAUCACAUUGUCAAUAUUUCUCUGAUCCAACACGCUCCACUCUUCAUCAUCCUCACAUGUCUGUGACCCACCUGAGCCGUCCAUCUAAAACUGUCCCCAACCCCCCCCCCCCCCCUUCAGUGCUCCUGCCAAAAUAUUUGUAAUUGUAGUUACUGAUCUUCCCACUCAUUCUUCACAAUCUGUUUGUAAAGGUAAAGCAUGCUUCAUUGACCACAUGACUUGGCCAUCGGUGGGCAUUGACCCCACAUUUUGGUUACUAAGCGGGUACGUGUUUUUAUCAACAUCAAUGUGUCAGAAUUGGUCCCUUGAUGAUAAAUUGCUGACGGGGGGGCAGGUAGCUGAUUUCCUGCUUCUGUGCUAUGAGUAUUUAUGGUGUGAAAUAUAUCAUUUGGCAAUGGUGUACAUUGAUAUCUCUGAUCGUUGAAUCACCAAUAUCUGUGUAACUUUUACGUUUUGAUUUUCAAAAAGGUAAAAGAUCAAUGAAUUAAAUACUACCUGAACCCUGUGA